AUGCAAAUUUUUGUUAAAACUUUGACUGGUAAAACAAUUACACUUGAGGUGGAAUCGUCAGACACAAUUGAAAAUGUUAAGGCUAAAAUCCAAGACAAGGAAGGCAUCCCUCCGGAUCAACAGCGCCUUAUAUUUGCUGGAAAGCAGUUAGAAGAUGGGCGUACUUUGUCAGAUUAUAAUAUCCAGAAAGAAUCUACUCUUCAUCUGGUUCUUCGACUUCGUGGUGGUAUCAUCGAACCUUCACUUCGACAGCUUGCUCAGAAAUAUAAUUGUGAGAAACAAAUUUGCCGCAAGUGUUAUGCUCGUCUUCCUCCACGCGCUACAAAUUGUCGUAAGAAGAAAUGCGGACAUUCAAAUGAUUUACGUGUGAAAAAGAAACUUAAGUAA